UCGAUUGAAUUUGAACGUCUAUGAAAAAGAAAACAUUUUAAUAAAGCCUAAUUUAUGAUUGAACAUCAAACAUUUGUAUUGUGUAAAUGUGAAAAAAACUAUUUAAAUGAAAUGGCUUUUUAAUUAUCAUAUGAUAUUUCUGGAAUAUGGUUUCCGUACUAAACAAGGAUGUGGAUCAUAGCAAGCCUACUUCUCUCUCAGUCGUUUAAUUGAUAAGGUAGUAAACACAACGCAACCGCAAAACUCGUUAAAUCUGUGUCACACGUUUACCUAUAUGAAAGUGAACUGAAGUUUUACCUAUUUCUGAAACGGAUAUGCUAUUUGAACGUAACAGUUGACUUGUCGUUUAUCAGUUCGACCAUAUAAUAUAACAAUACCAGUGUGUAGGCUGUACAACUAUACACCGAUGUCAUUACGAUCAUUGUUCGACAGUGUAGCGAGCGCUGAUGGAAGUACUGCGCUUGUGGUGACAUUGACUGUGGGAUUAGGAAUUAUAGUUGUAGCCCGGAUGUCAACCCGGGGGAAGAGCAGGGGUGGCGGGCGGCCCCCCGGCCCACGCCGACUUCCUAUCCUCGGGAACCUCACCCAGCUGGCAGGAAAUGGGACGUUCUUUGAAAAACUGAAUGAGAUGAGAAAAACACACGGGGAUGUUCUUUAUUUAGAGCUAGGCGCUGUUAAAACCCUGGUCGUUUUUGGACAUGACAUGGUGAAAAGGCUGUUGGUCGAUUAUGCGGAUAGUUUUCAGUAUCGUCCAGUGUGGCUAGUUGAGAUUAAAAGCCUACAACUAUCAAAUGGCAUUGUCUGGUCCAAUGGAGCAGACAAUCAGAGAUUGCGCAGGUUUGCCUUACCCUGCGUGUUCCCGGGGGUCGGAAAACAGACCCUCGAGCAGCGUAUUCAGAUCGAAGCUGAAGCUCUGAUGUCACAACUGCACGAGCGGUCUGGGGACUCCGCGACUCUAAAGGACCUCUUCUUUAGAGCUAUUGGCAACAUCAAUUGUUCUGUGAUAUUUGGUAAAAGGUACGAGUAUGAAGACGCUGAGUUCGGAGAGUUUUUGGCGCUCAUGGACAGCCUACUACAGCGGCAGGGUGUCAAAAACCCUCUCAACUUCUUCCCCAUCCUCCAGAGACUACCCGAGGGGAAAAAGCCGAAAGCUACCAGAGAAGUUCUGUCUAAAGUGAGCGCGUUCCUGCACCGGAAGUUGGUGGAGGCACGCACAGACUUUGAUAAGGACAACAUCCGGGGACUUCUGGACAUGUACUUGGCUCAGGAGAGUGAUGACAAUCCCAUCAAAGAGGAGAAUGUCUACCACAUUGUCCGGGACUUUUUCGUGGCUGGCACAGAAAACGUGGCUAUUGCGCUCGUCUGGCUCGUAGGAUAUACGGCACGUGAUGAGAACGUGCAAGACACGUGCCGGAAGUGCGUCAAAGAGUUUUUGGGCGAGCGUUCCUGUCCCGGCAUGGAGGACAUCAAACACAUGCCGUAUCUGGAAGCCACGGUCAACGAGGCACUCAGGCUGGCGUCCAUCACGCCCCUGUCGGUGCCCCACGCGACACAGGAGGAGGUGGAGUUCGAGGGUUACACAAUCCCUCGUGACACAAUGGUGCUUACGCACAUGCAGUCUGUUAACCUUGACCCCGCCUACUGGGAGGAGCCGGACAACUUCCGGCCGGAGAGGUUCAUUAAGGAUGACGCUGUUGUGAGCAAGGAAGCAUUUUAUCCGUAUUCAAUUGGUCCUCGAUAUUGUCUAGCGGCAAAGUUGUCACAAAUGGAGCUGACUAUAAUGUUCGCAACAUUAAUUAAACACUUCCGGUUUACGACGGCUGCCGGCGCGGAGGCGCCCUCAUUGAGACAUACACAGCCUGGAGCAUUCGUAGAACCGGAAACGUUCAAAGUCACCUGGUCAUCUGUUUAAAAGAGGAAGUUAAUACACUAAUAUGGUGAAAUAUACCUAUGUAUUGAGGGUAUCCGAUGUAUAAGUUAAGGUAGUCAUUUUAUAGAGCAUUUGACCAUUAUGUUAACUUGUGAUGGCUUGUGCUGGUAUUCUUUUUGUUUUAUUUUAAAUGGUAUAAAUUCCUCAUUAUAAAUAUUUAGAUAAAAUUACCAAAAUAACGAAUGUUUAAUAGACAUUCUGGUUAUUAAUUUUUUUCCUGAUUUCAACUGAAUUCGGACCGUAAGAUGACCUUCUUUCAAGACCGAAACGGUUUAUGUGUAAUAGUGUUUGCAUUAAGACUCUUAAACCCUUUAAAACUAUUAGUUUGUUACCAGGGGUCUCAUAUUUAUACAUCAGAUACCUUAAUCAAUUCGACCUGUAUCACGGUUCUGUUUCAUCAGGCUGGCACUGUGAUGCCGGCUAAUAUUGAAUAAUAAUCAUAUUACAAUACAAAGAUUGUAUAAAUGUUGUAUUUAAUAGCAUAUGUCUUUAGAGGUAAAUUUUGCUUACACUCGAGGAAACUUUCUCCACGGGACCAUUUGGAAUGAUUUGGUCACAUUAGUUAAUUAUUGAACGUAACUAUGACUUAUACAGCACUUCGAGUUAUCAUAGGCGAUAUGGUAAUAUGUGACCAUCAAUAUAACUAUUAAUUACUGUCAAAAUUAGUAGUUUAUCUACCAGAAUUUGUAAAUAGCUAUACAGUAUUGUCAUUACAUGCACAUAUAUAAAUAUAGUAUUUUAUUAUAUGCUUUCCGGAGGUUAACAGAGAUUUAUCAGAGAAAUUAAAUUGAUAGUUUCACUUUUUUAAAUUUAAGCCCGCUCUCAGUUCCAAAUCAAACAACAGCGCGCACAGGGCUGGGACACAAUUUUAACGACGUCAUUUCCGAAAUGACGUUACGUGCGCAUAUAAAUUGGCGCGUUUUUCUAUAGAAGUGUAAUUAAAUGACCCUUUACUCCAUUUCUUGGCAUAUAUUAAAAAGAAAAAAAAAUAUAUGUUUGUUUCAGUGAAUGAUAGCAAUAUAUUUCACCUCGUGAAUACCAAAAUUGAAUAUUUCACUCGUGGCAAUGCCACUCGUGACAUAUAUCUUUUGGUGCUCAAUCGGUAAAAUAUGUAGCGAUCUUACAUUGAAAUAAACAAUUAGUAUCUAUGUAUAUAUAAAUAUCAUCACUGUUACUUUACAUGUACACCGCAAAAUAAUCGCCGCCCUUCAUUUCCUUCUUCGUAUUAUAUUUUUUGAAGAAAAAUAAAUGAUAUAAAUAUC